UCGCGAGGUAGCUCAUUGGCCCAACGUCACAUCGCCGUCUCCUUGUUUAUAGCUAGUUCUCCAGAAACCUGUUUAAAUCGGAGCUGAUAUCAGUGGCAGCGGUUUGUGAGUGUCUGGGAACAUGCAUGUCGCGGGGAGAAGUUCGCGCGCGUCCCGUCUAUCCUCUCUGUUGUUUACAUAGGCUGAUUUCCGUUUUUUAGCAUCCCCCGUCACUACCGACAAGCAGCGAUGUACAAGGAGGGGGACGAGGUGCCGGACGACUGCGGCUCCCGGGAGGAGUGGACGCUGCUCUUCUGGACCUCUCUGGCCGUCAUCGUGCCGGUCAUCAUCACGCUGUGGUGCAGCGCGCAGCGCUCCAAGCGGAAAACGCACAUGAAGGAUUUCUUCCGUAAGAGCAAGCACGGCUGGCACUACACAGACCUGUUCAACAAGCCCACCUACUGCUGCGUCUGCUCGCAGCACAUCCUGCAGGGGGCUUUCUGCGACUGCUGCGGGGUGUGCGCCGACGAGCAGUGCCUGCGCCGGGCCGACCGCAUCCUGCUGUGCAAGGAGAUCAUGGCUCCCUGCGGCCCUGGGGGGGGCAUGGAGCACCGCUGGGUGCGCGGAAACGUCCCCCUCGCCAGCUACUGUGCAGUGUGCAGACAGCAGUGUGGCACCCAGCCGAAGCUUUGCGACUUCAGGUGUGUGUGGUGUCAGAACACGGUGCACGAUGACUGCAUGGACAGCCUGCCGGAUGCAGACCAGUGUGAGCUGGGAGAGUUCCACAGCCUCAUCAUCCCUCCUCACUACCUGUACCAGGUCAACAAGCUGCGCCGCAGGCAGCCUGAGGAGUACAGCCAGCUGGCAUCUUGCUGUGGCAGUGGCUGGACUCCAGUGUUAGUCUUGGCUAACACACGCAGCGGUAACAACAUGGGGGAGGCUCUGCUGGGAGAAUUUCGCACCGUUCUGAAUCCUGUGCAGGUGUUUGACCUGUCUGAGCUGACCCCCUCCAAAGCUCUGCAGCUGUGCACCCUGCUGCCCCCCGGCAGCGUCCGGGUGCUGGUGUGUGGGGGGGACGGCACGGUGGGCUGGGUGCUGGACGCCAUCGAUACCAUGAAGCUGAAGGGUCUAGACCAGUUUAUGCCCCGGGUGACCAUCCUUCCUCUGGGGACAGGAAAUGACCUCUCCAACACUCUAGGGUGGGGUGCGGGGUACGCCGGAGAGAUCCCUGUGGAACAGGUUCUCCGGAACAUCCUCGAUGCCGAGGUGGUCAAAAUGGACAGGUGGAAAGUGCAGGUGGCUUCAAAAGGCCUGUACUUUCGGAAACCAAAGGUCCUGUCCAUGAACAACUACUUCUCUGUGGGGCCCGACGCUCUGAUGGCGCUCAACUUCCACACACACCGCGAGAAAACGCCCUCUUUCUUCUCCAGCCGCAUCGUCAACAAGACUGUAUAUUUCCUGUAUGGCACCAAAGAUUGUUUAGUGCAGGAAUGUAAGGAUCUGGAUAAGAGGAUUGAGUUGGAGCUGGAUGGGGAGAGGGUGGCGCUGCCCAGUCUGGAGGGCAUCAUAGUUUGUAACAUUGGUUACUGGGGCGGAGGCUGCAGACUCUGGGAGGGGAUGGGGGAUGAACCGUGCCCCCCCACACGGCUGGACGAUGGUCUGCUGGAGGUGGUGGGGGUGUUCGGCUCCUUCCACUGCGCUCAGAUCCAGGUCAAGCUGGCCAAUCCUGUACGGCUGGGACAGGCCCACACUGUCAGGCUGGUUCUGAAGAGCUCCAAGAUGCCCAUGCAGGUGGACGGAGAGCCGUGGGCCCAGGGUCCCUGCACCAUCACCAUCACCCACAAGACCCAGGCCCUCAUGCUGUACCACAGCGCCGAGCAGACCGACGACGACGACGAAUCCAGCGCCUCUGAGACGGAGAGCCCCACCCCUCACGACUCGCCCAGGCCCCCGGGGCCCGCCUCCGCUCGUGCAUGACCCCGCCCAAACGUCAUGUUAUCUGAAGGUCCUCUUUUCUUAAGUUUCUUAAUCCUUCACCUGCAGUGUAUAUUCAUCUUAAAUCUUUGAACACACUUUAUCCUCAAACUGCUUUGAUGAAAAUAUGUGUUUCCGUGUAAUCAUUUCAUAUAUUUUAAGAGCGCUCGCAGGGGUUAGAAAGCUAGGUUCUAAAAAAUUGCAGAUUUUCUCUCUGCCUUUUAUCUCCACGCUCCCCAAUAUUUGUAACCCGUAGUUUAGCCACAGACGGGACAGUCAGGGGGGGUGAAUGUUUUGGAGAAACUCUGCUGUUUAUUUGCACUGAUCCCUUGUGCCAUAGACAUCUAUACUAUAAACUAUACUGUAUUAAUUAUACUGUCUUUACAGUUGAAUGCCCAGUGUAGCCCUGCAGGUAUCAGUGAGCCAUCCUUAACAAGCUGUCCAGGUUCAAACCCCACAAAGCCAUGUCUAAAUCCACAGCAUUAUAAUAGGAAAAAACAGUGUUGUCAAUUAUGAAGAGGAGUUUUGGCUAUAUCCAAAGCUUUAUGUCUAUUCUUUUGACUCCAGAAAGAGCACACGUUUACACUGCACAGAAUAUCUGUUUAUGUCAGGCUCACAGUUAUAAGGUUCUCCUGCAUUUGUCACCUGUUUCAAGGCUUUGAAAUGUGUUAGCCAGAAGGUCUCUGAAUCUAAAUGGAGCAAGGCCUCUGGUACAACUGCAGUGUGUUGUCAAUCACUGGACAUUGUUGUUGUUUUGUUUACUUCAUGGUGCCCUGUCUCAAGUAGCUCCCAAAACUGAUAGAUUGUACUUAGAUACAGGAGCUACGGGGAAACAGACAACUUUUAUUUUGAAAGUACUGGUAAAACCUUUUUGUUCUUCCUCUUCUUUACAUAGUUCCUCCAGUUUACAUCCGUUGUGUUGCACUGUUUUGCCACUUACACUGAUAUAUACCUUACACUGCUUAGGAUGUAGGUUAUAUAAAGAUGCUGGCCGUUGAUGUUGCUGCCAAGUGAUAACUGCUGAUGAGAUUAAGCUGUCCUAUGUUGUUAUUUACUUUAUUCAAGUAAUCCUCCUGCAUCAUUUGUGAAUUACCAAUGGUCACCACAGGGCGGCAGGCUAAAGACAGUAUUUUCUGUAGAGGGGUCCAGAAGAGUUGGUCCUUUACUUAAACCUCUACAGUUUAUUAGUAAUACCAUCGGUUACUUGCAUGUACUUCUCUGUGUACUGUUCAGGUGCACAUUGCGCUAACUGUCGAGUUUUACUAGUGGCAUCUUUCGUCUUCUCUACAUAAUGUCUGCAAGAGGUCUUUUGGGUUUCUGCCUAUAGGUAGCCAACUUUUAUGGAAAUUAGUUAGAACUGCAACUACCAACUAUUUUUAUUAUUGACAAAUCCGCCCAUUAUUUAGAAAAUGAACUGUUUAGUCGAUAAAAUGCUUGAAAACUGUUAAAAAGGUCCAUUCCAGUUUCUGAAUUCCAAGGUGAUUUAAAUGUCAAAAACCCAUAGAUAUGAACUUGAAUAGGAUAUAAAACAGAGAAAUUGAGUACAUGUCAAUCCUCAAAAGGCUGAAAACACCAUCUUCUAGCAUUUUUAUUGAAAUGUUGUUCAACAAUGAAUCAAUUGAACAAUUAAUUGGUCAUUAAUUUUAUUUCCAUCAAAUGUAUAAUACGUUGACUUUUGCAUUGAAUUGAUGCAGCUCUAAAAUUAAUUUCACCAUCUGAGGUGGUCCUGUUUGGUGCAGAACAGUUGCCUGUAGCUUACAGCCACACCAGGAAAGCCUGAAUGAUGUUAGUUACUGCUCUCUUCUUAACCUGAAGCUAACUUGCUACACAUGAUGCUGAACAGGGAUCAGUUUUUGGCCGUGUGAUGCUUAUGCUUUUGCAAUAUGCACCUCCUUGGCAGGUAACCAAGCCUCAUGGUUUCAUCACCCUAUAUUUGUUUGAUGAAUGUCUUAUUGCUCAAGGACACCUGUAUAACCUUUUACCUUAUCAUCCAUGUUUACCAGAGUUGUGUGUGUUGUGUUGCACUGAAUUAGCUUAAAUGUUGGGUUUAUUGGCAGGUUUUUAGCCACGCUAGCAGCAUAGUUCUGUUUAGAACACUCUUUAGAGUUAAAUACCUCGAUAAUUGUUGGAUGCACAUUUGUACAGAUAUUGCUGGUCCUCUGAGAAUGAAUCCUAAUGAUUGUGUUGUACUCAGUAUUUAGUUAAAGCCACUAACGGGUCAAAAAUGUGCUUUACGAAAACAGUUCUAAAUGUCAUUUCUCUCAUCUUAAGAUGUAGUUGGAGACUAAUGUUAGAUAGCACGCUAACAUGCUAAAUAUCAGUCUAAUACAUAUUUACUGUAUGUAUGACAGCACAUGCUGACAUGCUAGCUUACCGCCUUAAUCAGAGGUAGACCUUAACACCAAUGGUUUUGAGCUCAACAUGCACUAAUACCUAUUUUUAUCUUAUAAAAUGACCAAGUGAAAUGGGUCACUGGUAGUGUCAGACCCAGAGAACUUUCACCAACUCCCCUAAGAUUAGCAUCUUUCAGUUCAUAGGUUUGCUUUUCGCCUCCCUGUUUUGGUUGAAUCUCAUCACUCUUGUUUUCAGCAGCAGCAGAAAGCUGUUUUCAGCAUAGAAAGCUCUGAUAACCCCCACUGUAUGUUCCCUGCCCUGCACAAAUGGCACACAGACAAAGCAGCACCUAGCUAGUGUGCUAGCUUAGUGGCAAAAUACCGAGACAUUUUCCCGGGAGAUGCUACAGACCCAAACUGAGUUACAAAAAGAGAGAAAAUUGCAGUUAGAGUUUUCAGGUUGCCAAAAACAUUACUUUAAUUGAAUGUUGCUCAAUGUCUGCUAGAUGUGUAAGUAGGCUUUAGUUUGAUAAUUAUAUUUUGCACUGAUACUUGAUAAAGCCAUAAUGUGUCAAAUGUGUAAGUUAAUGCGCCUGGAUGGGCGAAGCUUUGGUCUGAUGAAAGUGGAGGGUAACCUUUUUGACUUAUGUAAAGACACAGCUACCACGAUGACAUUUUUGGGGAAAGGAUUAACAAUUGCAAGCUGUUCUUUUCAUUUUCAAACCAUCCAACACGUGUUUCCAGGCGUAUCCUGACUAUUACACCUUACAAGCUUGCUGGCGUGGCUAAUGACGUUCACUUGUUUUCUUGUUAUGGGUUGAGGGACAUGACUGAUGUUUGUAUACGUUUCCAAUUCAAACCUUUCAGUUAAUUAUUUGUUAAAUCUUGGCCGAUAUAGCAGUAUUUAUAUAGAAUCCAUUCAUCAAGGAAAAAUUCACUGUGUUCUGUGUUACAAAUUGCUUUCGUUAAUAAUGAAUAUAUAUUUGAAUAUACUUAUAUUUUCUGCGGUCAAAUAUGUGUCAAAAAGACUGACAAGAAUGUGCCAUUUAUUUAACUUUGACUAAGAUUUAUUCUUAAGAGCAAGCCUUACGUGGCCUCUGCUGAACAGGAAUGAGAACACAAAGGAACUGUUUUUGGGAGAAAACAAGCUUUUAUUGGUAACAAUCAUGUAAUCAUAGCUGUUUACAAAAAUAGGAUUUGGUUAAAUGGAUUUUGACUGAACUGAAUGUAAUGAUCUUUUGAAUUGAAAGACAUUCCCAUAAAUAUUUUCAUAUAUAAGCCACAUGUGUCUGUGUUUUAAGUGGAUGUAUUAAAAAUGACUGCUGCUAUGAUCUCUAGUUAGAUGUCCCAGCAGCCAGAAGCUCACACUGACAUUGUAAUAGCGGGAUAUCAUUUACAUUUUACCACAGGUUGAGUUGAAUGGCUUUGAAAUGUGGUGUUCAUUACAAUGUAAUUGCUACCAUUCUCCAUAAUUUACACAUACACAUAUUCUCAUUAAAAAAUAUACAGUACCUAUCUAUAACGAUUAUUAUUCCAAGUGAAAAACACCAAAUGCUGGCUCUGUGUAUGUGUGUGUAUGCCAUUUAUUUAAGCCUCACAAUAGUGCCCUUCCCUGUCAUGUGAAGUGAUGAUCAAUAAUCUCCACAUUAGAAGUCAUUUUGAUAAGGCUGUGUGUAACUUGUAGUUGAUUUCUCUGAUGGCUUCUGUGUUUACUGGUUUCCUUUCAUAUUUGGCUUAUAUCCUCCUGGUGCAUUGUGUGGCGGCCUUCUGUCCUGUUCUAUAGAAAAAUACAAAAAAGGUUUCUUUAUUAAUUCAUUUGUAGUGUGAGAGUUUUGUCAAACUGAAAAUGUCUGAAAUCAUGCUGGAACUAAAUUCUCUAAAGCUUAA